GUGUUCAUCAAACCGCGUAACAGGAGUGUUCUAGAAGGCGAGUGAAAUGUGCUUCUGUGCUCUACAGUAACGGAAAAGUUUGCUUGUAAAUCUACUGCACGAAGGAGAAAAUAAGAGCCUGAAGGGGAGAAAAAUACAAAGAUUUCUGUCGGAGAUACAAAAUAUUGUCGUAUCUACACAAUGGAAACCGUUCGGCACAAGAAAAUAGAGUGAUACAGAUGUAGAUGGAACCUGAGUAAUUUAGAACAACAGUUGGAUGACAGUCUGCACCCACAAUGGAGAAUCGUGAGACCAGAGGACAUUAUUCAGGCUCUGAUGAAAUGGACGACCUCAAAGGCCAGUCUGUUGAGACAUCUGGAAACAAAGUGACUCAUCUGGAAAAGUUAAUGAAGGAUCUGGACAUUGAACAGUACUACGGAGAGAAGCUAACACUUGGCAGAAUACUUGAGAUUAAUGAGAAGACCAUCACUGAUCAACCUGUCAAGAGUAACUCAGACCUUCUAUGGUGUUUUCUAAAGAAACUGAUGAUGGUUAAUGUGACAGCUAGAAAUGUGAAAUCACUGUGUGAAUCAGAUUCUGAUGAUGAAUCACAGGAUUCAAACUUAGAUUUUGAUGAUCUGUUUAAGAGCCCAGAUGCAGAUGAUAUGCUAAACCCCCUGGACAUAAUCACUGCUCUCUUUCUGUGUUCUGAUGGUUUCCUACAGCAGGAAAUAGCACUGAAAAUGUCCAUGUGUCAGUUCUCUGUUCCUCUGCUGCUUCCAAACUGUGACACCAAUCAGUGCACACUCAUGCUGUGGGCCAUGAGAGACAUUGUUAAAAAGUACAGACCUCAGUCUCUGUCAGAAUCCAAGGGCUUCAUUGAAGACAGAAUCGUUCUCUCUGAACUUCCAAUGAUCUCUUUUGUCAGACUGGGUGAGUGCUCCUUGUCCAAGUCAGAGAUUCUCAAUAAGCUUCUGAGCAAUUCUCAGCAGUACCAUGACACCUUUGUUCACUACAACAUGGAGUGUGGUGACAGUCCAAGAAGAAUAUCCAACGGACUGACUGAAAUUACUUGGUAUCUUCCUGGUGGAAACACAAACAUUGAUAUUUUCAGUCACCCAGUGGCUGUAGCUAACCUUCAUGGGGACAUUGCUUCAUUUGAAACACAAUACUCCUUUUUGUGUCAGACAUCUGCAGCAGUUUUUGUGUUCUUUGACCAUUUGAAUUUCUCUAAGUGCAGUCUACUUAGCAACCAAAAGCAUAAGACAAAGGUGUGCUUAGUGGGUAACUAUGAGAGCAAGCGCUUCAGUAAAGAUGCUUUAAAAGAAGUAGCAACCAAGUUGGGCUUGACUAAAAACAUCAUUAUUAAGACAAAAAGUAAAAAUGAUGCAGACUUGGUAAAAGAUCUGAGAAAAACAAUCACAGAUGUAGUUGAAAACUCAAAGAUGAAGGUGACAAUAGAGCAGAUGGCAGACAUUGCCCAUGAACUGGGAAUCCUGGUUGAUGAAGACUCUCCAGAGUGCCAGAUUGCAAAGAUAAAUGCUGAAGCCAUCACUGCAGAAAUUCAAGACAUCCUUAAAUACAAAGAAGAUCACCUUCCUCGGCAAGGUGAAAUAUGGAAAGAACUGACCUGCUUAGAGAAGGAAGAAUUUCGGCUUAAAAAAGUUGGCUCCAAAAGUCCUGAAGAUCACAAAAGUGAACUUCAGCUACAGAAAAAAGAACUGCGGAAAAAGCAGAACUCUUAUGACAUGUCGACAGCUAUGACAUGUUUCAUUAAUGCAAUAUCAAGCCCAGGAACAGAGAGGUUUUAUUUCCUGAAAUGGAUGCGAAUGAACCUGGAUAACCUGUCUCGUACAAAAAUGUCUGAACUUCGGAUGAAAUAUAAAGAAAAAUGCAAGAACUCUGAGAACAAGAAGGAGAUAAAGGAGAUUGACAGACAAAUUUCCAACAGCUCACUGGGGACUGAACACUUCUUCCGUGAAAUGGGUCAGAUCUAUGAAGCCUCACUGUCCCUUCCACAAACAGAUCCAGCACGUCAACAGCUGCAGCAUCUGCCCAAACUGUGUGCAGAGUUGUUGCUUGAUGGAUUUCCUCUUGAGCUUGUAGAUGGAGAUGCAUCCAACAUCCCUCUCAGAUGGGUGAGUGAGGUUCUCUCUCAGCUCAGUGACUUGGUGUCUCCAAACAGAAAGAUCCUGGUAGUCACAGUUCUUGGAGUUCAGAGCACAGGAAAGUCCACUCUCCUUAACACCAUGUUUGGAGUGCAGUUUGCAGUCAGCAGUGGUCGAUGUACUCGAGGUGCCUUUAUGUUGCUCAUCAAAAUCAAUGAAGACAUGAAAAAAGUCCUAAACUGUGACUUCAUGGUGAUCAUUGACACUGAGGGCUUAAAGUCACCAGAACUUGCACAACUGGACAACAGCUAUGAGCAUGACAAUGAGCUUGCUACACUUGUUAUAGGGCUGAGUGAUGUCACCAUUGUUAAUAUUGCAAUGGAGAAUUCAACUGAAAUGAAGGACAUCCUACAAAUAGUUGUGCAUGCUUUUCUCAGGAUGAAGGAGGUGGGCAAAAAGCCGAAAUGUGUGUUCGUUCACCAGAAUGUGUCCGAUGUUUCAGCCCAUGAGAAGAACUCACGAGACAGGAAACUGCUCCUGGAACAGUUAAAUGAGAUGACCCAGGCAGCAGCCAAAAUGGAAAAGAAAGAGGAGAACAAGAGCUUCACUGAUGUGAUGGAGUACAGUCCAGACACUGGGAACUGGUACAUUCCUGGACUCUGGAAUGGAAACCCACCAAUGGCACCAGUCAAUGCAGGCUACAGUGAGGCUGUAUAUGAGCUCAAGAAACACGUCAUCCAGCUGCUGGGAAACUAUGAGUCAUCUGCUAAUGAUAUCUCUGAGUUUAAAGAGUGGAUGACAAGUCUGUGGACUGCAGUAAAGCAUGAAAACUUCAUCUUCAGCUUCAGAAACAGCCUCGUAGCUGAUGCAUACAUGAGACUCUGCACAGAAUUCAACAAAUGGGAGUGGGAAUUCAAAAAAGAAAUGUACACCUGGGUAACAAACGCAGAAAGACGAAUUUCCAAUUUUGGUACAACUGCAGACAAAUCUGGUUCUUCUGACAUGGGAGAAUUUCUCACAUCUUUGAGAAAGGAAGCCUCUGACCUGCUGUCCACAUGGGAGACAAGACUUCUCGAAAAUCUGACAAAGUAUUUCAAGCAAACAGAGGGUCAUGUUUAUCUUGUAGAAGGAUACAGAGAGGAAUUCUCAAACAGUGCAAAGAGCCUCCGGUGUGAAAUGAAGAGAACUGUGUUUAAUCAGCUCACAGCAGCAGCAGAAAUCAGAGAGGGAAUGAUAAAACUUGAUAAAAUUAAGAAGAAUCAUACACAAAAGAUUGAAGAGGCAGUUUGUGCACUAAUUGAUGAAUGUCGGAAAAAGAAUAUCCAAAUGGGAGAGAAAGAACUGGAAAACGAAUUUCACAAGAUGUGGAGUGAAACUCUGAAGAAACUUUCUUUUUCCAAACAAAAGACAACAAAUGUCUUCACCAGCGUAUCUAACUACCUGAGAAACAAUCUGUCACGCAGGGGGAGUCAUGCAUGCGAAUUAUUAAGUCAAAAAAGUCUGCAGGAUUGUGGAAAAGAGCCUUUCAAAUAUACACCUGAAGGAUUUUUAAAAAAAUUCAAACACGGUGUCUGGAAUUUGUUUAGAAAAGAAGAUUACAAAAUAGCUGCACAAAAACAGGCUGACAGCAUCAUAGAUGCCUGCACUCAGUUUGUGAGAGAAAAAGUGAAAAAGAAAAGCAAUUACUCUGAGACUUACAUCCAGGAGAUCCUACACAUGAUUGACGAGAAACUGCAAAAGAAUAAAGAUGUUAACAAAGACAUUGAGUUUGAAGUUUCUCUGAAACAGCACAUCUGUGGAUUUGCAGCCAGAGAGUUUCAGAAAAUGCACGAAGAUUUCAUCCAAGCAAAUGAUCCCUACAGAUGUCUGAUGAAAAACAAGGAAAAGUUUCGUGAUGAUUUCAUUGAUGUGUUCCAUGAAAGAGACCAGUGUCAGAAGAAGGCAGAAGAAUUCACCAACCGAUGCUUGAAGCCUGCUGUUGAAGACUUUAUCAGUCAAUCCCUGGGACUUGAUGUCAUUGGUGAAAUGCUGACAUGUGAGCAGUUCAGCACACGAAUGUCCUUCCAGUAUUCAGUUUUACUGGAUUUACUCUCAAAGGAUGAUUUUAAAAACUAUGUGAGCUAUAUUGAUUCAUAUGAGAAGUAUGUCAAGAUGUGGAUUCACAAACAAAUAGUGGAGCACUUUUCAACUGUGUCAACAAUGUCUGAGUUUGAGGACCAACGUCUCCAGUCAUGCAUCAUACGGAUAAAUGGUGCAAUCAACAAGGCAAAAACAGGAAAGAGUGAUGAUUUGAAGACAUUUGUUGAAGAUAUUUGUAAAGAACUUGGUGAUAAACUGGUCAUUUCCCAGGAUGCUCUUGGUGCUUUCAUGAUCCUGAACAAUGCUGACAAGGAACAGUUUGCUCACUGGCUCACAGUGUCUGUGAAUAACAUGGCACAAGAUCUCAGAACAGAAUUCCAAAAAUUGAACUUUGAAGUGAAACUAAAACAGCUCAAAAUGAAUCCCCAGAAUGAGCUUUUCAACAAACUGGUUGGUUGCGGCAAACAGUGUCCAUUCUGCAAAGCUCCCUGUGAUGCAGGAGGAGGAGGCCAUACUGAGCACUUUGCUUCACUGCAUCAGCCACAGGGUCUGGGUAACUGCAGGUGGGACACAACAAAAAAACUUGUCACUGACAUAUGCUCCUCUCUCGUGAUCAGUGGCGCCCAAUUUCAAUGCAGUGCUACAAACAAUAAAUUUCACCCUUAUAAGCGUUACAAGGAAAUUUUUCCAGACUGGAAAAUCCCUCCAGAUGUGAGCCUUGAAGCAUCAGACUACUGGAAAUUUAUAAUGGCAAAGUACAACAAUGAUUUUGCUAAAAAAUGUAGUGCAAUACCUGCUGAUAUCCCUUCAGCUUGGAAACAAAUCACAAGAGAUCAGGCAGAAAAAAGUCUCAAAGAGUCAUUUCACAGCUAGUAAGAGGAGUUACAUUCUUCCUCUUAUUCUUUAAGUGCAGAGAACACAUCCAAUAAUGUGAUAUCAGAUCACUGUUAUGAUGUAGAUUAAUGUACAUUAGCUACUAUGCCUUUACAAUACCGUAAUACGAGAACAUUUCUUUUACUAUUGCUCACAUUGACAUGAGUUUGCAAUUAACACCUGAAAUGAAAAAGAAUCUGCUCAAAAUGUGCUUUGUUUUGGUUUUGUUGUCAUUUUAUAUUUUUUUCAAAUAUACAUUUGUUUCUCACGGAUAUGAGUCUGUAUGUGGUAUUAUUCUACUAAGACUAAAAAAAUCAUUAGAAUUUAAUGUUGUUUUUAUUUCUGAGGUAUUUACAUAUUCAGUUUUCACCUGUAAAGAAAGUUUUCUUAUCUGAGUAAGUAACCAUAUUCAGAACUUACAUUCACUUUCUUUGUCUGAUUUCUUUUUUUAAUUUUAAUUUUCUUUACUUUAACCUUAUAGUCAUCAUUCACCAUUGUUUGUAAAUGCAAGAUUUUACUUUCUUUCAUCUCAAGCUUUGAGUUAUUGAACUAAAAAAAAUAAAAGCCAAACAACAGGUUGGAUUGUGUAUUUGUCACAUCUAUUUUAUUGUAGCAUGUUAAGUUACAUGAAAUCCGAUUUCAAAACAAUCUCAGUGUUACUGUCAUGGCUGGGGUGGCAGAUGUGUGGAGGGUGUGAGAGAGGACCCAGACGCUGGCACUGGCUUGGACGUGAGUGAGCUUUAUUUACACACACCGGUGUCACAAACAGAAACACAGCGAGCAAAAACAAAACCUAAAGGUGACCUAAACUGGGAAUGACUAACAAAAUGAACCUGAACAGGCGACUCGGGGAGAAAACGCAGGGAAGAAACACAGAUGGACUAGCGACGAACAUGAGUGAACACACACUACUCAGAAGGGAACGAGGAAACUAUACACAGGAGGGAGGCACAGCUGAUUGUGAUCGACAAGACGAGACAGGGGAAACGCAAACUGAACACACUGGCAUAAGACACGGACUUUCACAAUAAAACAGGAAACUCAAAACACACGCGAAGACACAGACUCAGAGACGCGCUUUACACAGAGACCUGACUACACUAGGGGGGAUACACAGGCAGGGAUGACACAGAACAGAGGGAGCACAGAAUUAACACUGGGAAGUCAAAUAA